CAACCUCACCUACAGUACUUUGAGCUCUUAACCAUUGCUCAUAAAACUUGCCGAUUCACUUGUUGGAAAUGUUCGUAAGGUGUUUUCGUUGCCUACAGGUGUUGCAUGGAUUCAAAUGAGUUGUGGCACGAUUGAUGGAGAGGAGAAAAAAGUUCCCAUUACUGUGGAUGUUAAAAAAAUGCCCGACAUGUGUGAUAGUCCACAAAAAUGUGUGUGAACCAAAAACUGAGAGAUUUUCUUAGCAGCUCACGAGGAAAGAUUUUCAGACUUUAAAUGAUUAUGGAUCAUUUAGACUCGACCAAAAUAGCCACUAGUAAUGUUUGGGCAUGACAAAGUGAUCGGCGAGUGUGUGCUUGGAGUGUCAGCGGCCGUGGCGUCGUAUUACCUCGUGUGGGUUGUGGGACUGCCGUUUAUGGACGAGGAUAGUUCCCUAAGACCCUUUUUCCCCGAUCCUAUCAUUGCCAUCGCCACCCCUGCCAUUAUCCUCGUGUUUCUUUUGACACUUACUGGAAUAUAUAUUGUAAGGUCAUUAUACACAGCUUCCUGCACUGAAAGAGACAAGUUAAAGCAACUGUAGUGGUACUGCACUUAUUGACACUGAUUGGCUUUGGCUUUGACUUGCAUGUUAUUUGUUUUUUAAUAAUCAGUUUCAUAUUUUCUGCAACGAGUGCUUAGUUUAUUGUCAUAAUUGAAUAUUAGUCACCUUGUCCUGGGAUUAACAACACUGAGAAUAGCUUGUUUAUAUAUAUAUAUAUAUAUACAUGUAUAUAUAUUUAUCAUAUGAAUAGUUAGUUGGGCAGUUAAAAUUGUUUGCGUGUUGGCUUACGAUCAUGACACGUUGGCUUGUUGUCGGCAUCUCAGGGGCUACAAAUAGUGGGAAGUCAACAGUAACCAGGAAGUUGUUGGGGGGUCUCCCCAGCACCUCCAGACUAAUAUGCCAGGAUGAUUAUUUCUACCCUGAAGACUCUCCUCACCAUAUCCCCUGUCCAGGAGGUGUCUCCCACCACAAUUGGGAAAUCAUCUCCAGUUUGGAUAUGAACAAGAUGAUGGAGGACGUUUUGGAGAUUGUAGAGUCCUGUCCAGAACCAGUGAAUGAAGCACCUGUACCUAAAAGUGUCUCUAACAAGAUAUCUUUCUCAUCUUGUGUAAGUGACUACAAUACUAAAGACUUGCCCGUGCUGCUGUUGGAUGGAUUUCUCAUCUUCGGUCACAGGAAGUUAGCGGAGAUGUGCGACCUGCGUUACUUCCUCACGAUGACCCGCGAGCCGUGUUGGGAGAGGAGGAAAUGCCGUGCCUACGAUCCUCCGGACCCUCCGGGCUACUUCGAACACUGCGUAUGGCCGGAGUACGAAUCCCAUCUGAAACACGUGAAGGAGAGUGUCCCAAAUGUAGUCUUCUUGAAUGGUAUGGAAGAUCAUUACUCAACCAUUUAUCAACAGGUAAAGGCAACUUCAACAUUAGAUACUUCAGCAUGCAUAUCAAAGGGUCAGUUGUUACAUUAUAAUACUGUUGUUCAAGGAUUGGAACGAAAAAACUAUACCCAACUGUAACCAUUUUCCCACUGUUAGGCCUGAAAAUCUAUCUUGGUCUGCCAUUAUGCAUUCUGUCAGCCUCCAGCAAGAUAAUGUAUUGUCUCUCAUGCAUUCUUAUUCUUGCACAAUGCCUUAUAUUCCUCCAUGUAAAUGCUUCUCUCAUUCAUAUUAUCUAUUUGGCUUUUUCUCUUAUUCUUUCUCAACUGUCCUUCAUUAAUCCAUUGACAUUCCUGUAGUUAAUGUCUUCUCUUAUCACCUACUUCAAACCUUCGUCAUGUCGGUAAUUUCUUGUAAUUUCAUCAUCAUUGCUUACCAGUCACUUUUGUUUCAGAUCUUUCCAUUACACCCUUUUUUCCUCUCCUAUACCUAACUAUUUGAAAGAAUUCACCUCCACAACAUGUGCUUUUCCCCAGCAUGGUUGAAGAGCACUCCCAUGUUCCAAUCGCACAACACACACACACACAAAUAGGCUGAACUAGGCAUUCCAGCAAACUCAGUUACACCCCAUGAUAUGAUUACUCAGGAGGCUUGGCAAGUUAAUUGUGAGUGUUAAGGACUACAGUAUAUGGUCUUGCUCAAGCUUCCCCACAGUGCUGUUUAAUUGUGGAAGGAAACCAUAAAGAAUUCUGUUGGUGCUGUUAAUUUUCUUAAAUAAAAGGUACUAAAUAUUUGUUUUGGGUGUCAUGUUGAUUCUCUCUUCAUCUAUUAUAUCAACUAUAACUUUUGCUGUACUGUCUUUUGAAUUUAUGUAUUUUAUUAUACUGUAUACUGAAUAUAUUUUGUAUUUUUAUGAUGUUAAAUAUUCUUUGAGGAUUGGUUGACAAAUGGACAAUAAAAGUUUAGAUAUACUUUCUCUCUAGACUUAGAUAUUGAUGCUUGUUUGUACUAUUUACAAGCCUAUGUCCUUUCUAUAUUAGUGAGUGCUGAUUUUAUAAUAUGGCGAGUCUCUUCAGCACCUUGUUUUUGUGCUUGAAGUCUAUUAAAUGUUUUCUUUGCUUGAAUAGACUUGUGUGUGUGGAAAGUUCUUCAAAUGAUAGCUUCUUAAAGGGGCUCUGUUCGUUGAUAGUUUCUUGGGGGCCCUCGGUUAUUUAGGGGGAAUACUGUACCAGAAUAUCGGCAGGUGACGACAGCUUCUCGUGUCUAGCAAAAAUAUUAUUGUUUAGAAUUUUUUGAGAGCAUAUGCAUCGAGGUAUUUGGAGGUUAUCCCUCCUUGAUGUUUGUUGGUCAUGUUUUUGACUGAUUGGAGUGUGAAGGUACAGUAGUUGGAAAAUCAGCUGUUGGAAGGGAUAAUUUGAUAAUAAUUAUGAUCUUGGAAUGCUGUCGGUAGGGAGUUGGGUGUAAGUUAUAACAUUCACAUUUUAACAUUCACACCUAGAUGUUUACAGGAUACACGGUGCCUGCAGUGGCUUUAAACUAUACUACUUUAGCACAAAAAAAAGCAGCUUUCUCAAGAGAUAAACAGGAAUUAUAAUAAAACGUUCCAUGAAAGCGAGUGUUAUCAUCCCCUCGGGGUCUUACCUGUACUGGAAGAUAUCACUGUAUUGUAUCUGCUUUGUAUUUCGAAUCAAGAACAGUACUCUUUUGUUCCUGGGAAGAUACAGUAUUAUUUCAGGUUUUGUCUUGAAUUAGUUGUAGUGCUGUAAACUAAUUCUAUUGAUUAUGACUUUAUAUUUUGUAAGAAGUGAUAAUGUGGCCUGAUCCAAGGAAGAGGCACUUGUAUUUAUUUGAGUUAGUCUUGUUUAAAGCAUAAUAGAAUGUACACCCGCUCCAAAAAUAUCUUUACUGUUAAACAUUACGGCACAAGAAGCGAAGGGUCUCGACAAUCCUACCGAGGCUACAGGAGUCGAGGUGUUCAUUUUGAAAUUCAUCGGACCGCCUCCAUAAAGAUGCUCUGUGGAGCGAGUGUUUGAAUAAAAUAAAUCAAACCUUGGGUAUAAUAUUUGAUUUAAUUUUAAAUUUUUUCACAUAUUUUGGACUAAAGUGAUUUUAGUAAGGCGUUUUCUUGGAUCGGGUCGCAUAUAGAUCUAGCUGCCGAGUUCAUGCUAUCCUUAUCCUUCAAUAUUUGACUGAAUAUUAUGAUUUGGGUUUAUAGGCACAAAACUGUUUAAGUGUCUUCAACUUCUUAUGAAUAUCUAACUGAAAAAUUUUUCUUUUGUUAAAAUAUUCCAGGUAAUAAAUUUGAGAAGUAUUUGAA